UCAGAGAAAAGUCAAAGCUCAGCCUAUUAUUUAUCAUUAGCAAUGACAGACGCCCAAGCGACCCCCGAGGUACAGGUGGACGAUGACGUCCAGUCAGAUUCUGCCUUUGGUGAUGACACCUCCGCUGCAAGCAACUCCAUCACCAGUAGUGUGUUGAAGUAUCAGUGGAAGUACGGACGGCGAUAUCAUAGUGACCGAGCGGGUCAGUACAGUUUCCCCAAUGACGACACCGAGCAGGACCGCCUCGACAUGAUUCAUCACGUCUUCUAUCGCUUGCUUGGAGACCGCCUUUUUCUGGCCCCCAUUGAGCCCGACGGCCUCAACAUCCUCGAUAUCGGCACUGGAACUGGUAUUUGGGCGAUUCAGUUUGGGGAUGAGCAUCCUUCCGCUACUGUAGUGGGAAACGAUCUAAGCCCGAUUCAGCCGGAUUGGGUUCCCCCAAAUGUCAAGUUUGUUGUUGACGAUGUCGAGAUGGACUGGGCAGAGCCAAUCCAGUACGAUUACAUUCAUUGCCGCUAUAUGGCUGGCUCUAUCAAAGACUGGCCCAAGUUAUUUAAGCAGGCAUAUGCCAACCUUAAACCUGGAGGGUGGAUAGAGUUCCAGGAAUCUGCCAACACUCUCUAUUCCGAAGAUGGCUCCCUUGCGCCUGAAAACCCGAUGGUGCAGAUGAUGGACAACUUGAUAUUAGCCUGCGACAAGAUCGGCCGCACUAUGGAUCCGGCGCCAUCUUUUCGACGAUGGGCUAAAGAAACAGGGUUCACGGAGCUUAAAGAGAAGAGGUUUAAGCUGCCAAUCGGCCCAUGGCCAAAAGAUCAACGGUUGAAGGAAAUUGGUACCCUUAUGGGAAAGAAUUUCUACGAAGGGGUUGCUGCUUUCACUGCUGUAUUAUUCACCGAGGCCUUGGGUUGGUCGAGAGAGGAGGUUGAGUUAUUCAACGCUAGUGUCAGGGAGGCAUCGCGCCAACGCACAGUUCAUCCCAUAUUCGACUUUAUUGUUCUGAUCGGGCGAAAGCCAGAAUGA